AUGUCUUGUCCUCAUCAUGAAUUCUUUGAUUUAUAUUGUUGUUUGUCUGAUGAGUUUCUUAUUUCUAAUCCUCAACUACAAACAUCGUCAUAUUAUAAACAAAAAAUAUAUCGAAAUACAAAUGCAUUAGAAUCUUCAUUAUUCUCAUCAUCACGACGAUCAAAAUAUAAACCAAAACAUUUACUUCAUCCAUACAAAUUACUAAAAGAUGAUAUUCAUACUUUUGAGAAGACAAUGAAAAACAAGAUUAUGUCUAUAGAAUCGUCAGAUCAUGAAGUUGAAUUUUAUAUGGAAAAAAAACCAACAGUGACUGUUAAACAUCAUCAGCAUACAUCACAAAUGGCUGAUGGUGAUAAGAAAAAUACUUUUCAUCAAUAUCAACAACAAAGAUUUACUAAUAAUCAAGAACAUAUUAUUGAUAUGAUACACAAAGAUAUAAUACGGCCAAUACCACGUAAACCAUUAUUAGUUAAUGAUUCAUUGAAAAGAUCCUUUAUUACUCGAUCAACAUUGCCAUUAAAUCGUACUUCUACAUGGCGGAAACUUCAAGCAAAUAUUACCGCAUCACAAUUUGAUCAUAUUCAACAGUUUCAACAACAACAAUAUUCUAGAUCAUUAGUUCCUUGUCCUAUAAUGUUAUCACCAUUGAGUAAACCUUCAGAAAUAACAAAACUCAUGUCAAAUACCAGUGAUACUUCUAUAUCAUCUACGUCUUUAUUAAUUGAUUCUUCAGCGAACUUAUCAGAUACAAAUAGUCUGGUGAUGAAUUCACGAAAGACAAUACAACCAUCAAAAAUAUCUUCGAUAGAAAAUAUAAUAACUGAAAAUAAAAUCAACCAUUCCAGUCAUAUUUUUAAAGAAAAUUCUAUCAAUAUAUCAUUACAAAACUCAUCGAACGAAUCAUCAAUCCAUAAAAAUGAAGAUAUUGAAGAAUUCAAACCUGUUACUGAAACUAUAUCUCCUAUACAAGUUCCAUCUAUUUUACUCAAUGAUAUUCUAAUAUCUUCAUUCAUGCCAAAUAUUGAUAAUAAUAAAACAUCAUUUAUAUUAAUCGGUGAUACUACAGAUUUAAUAGAGCAUUUAGUCAUCGAUCAAAUACCAACAACAUCAUCUAUUGAAUCUAAAUGUAUCUCCGAAGAAAAUGAUCAACUAAAACGAGUUCCAUUAUUAUCCGAAUCUAUAGAAGAAUUAUGUUUUUUGAUACGAAAACUUAUUCAAUAUGAAUUAACUGAACAGAAUAUAACAUCAUUACAAGUUACAAUUACUAACCAACUCGCAAUUUUAUUAACAUAUUUAGCAAGUUCUAAUAAUGAAAAAAUUAUGUUUGAAUUAUUAAAGAAAAAUACUGUCGAAAAAAUGACAUCAACCAAUGAAAACGAUUUUUCUCUUCAACAACCUAUAGUUUCAAAUACUGGAACACAAACUAAUAUACAAUCAGAAACGAUGCUCGAAUCAUCUAACAAUAGUCAAUUUCAUACUAAUUCAAUGCAUGAUAUAGUCGAACUUGACGUUCACGAACCAGAAUCAUCUAAGAUUAAACAAAAGACAACUAUCGAUACAUUAAGUCAUACAGAUUUAAUAUCAACAAGUGUUACGUUGAAUUUAUCUGGUCAUCGAUUAAAUCAUACUCUUUCCGACACAUAUAUUUAUCAUAUUCAUCAUCAUCAACAAUAUUCAUCUUCGCAUCAUAAAUUAAUUUCAUAUUCAGAAACAACUAUACACUCAUUAAUGCAUCGUUUUCAUCAACAAUGGUCAACAAAAAAAGAAGAAACUAAACGUUUACUCAAAUGUAUUGGACAAAAACUUCAACAUUAUAUCGAAUUAGAAUCUUCAAAUACAUGUUUAGAAGCAAGUACAGAAUUUACACCAGAUUUUCUCCUAACAACAAUUAAUACUUUGAAAUAUGACGAGAACGAUCAAACAGAACAAUUUGGUAUUGAUAUUGAUAAACAAGAUUAUCAAACUGAUACACUUACAUUUAAUUCUUCUGAAAAAGAUAAUCAUGAUCAAUAUCCAUUUACUUUAAUUCGUACUUAUCAAUCAAUCAAUAAAUCGCAAAUAGAAGAAGAUAAUAGUCUUUUUUUAAACAAUUCAACUUCUGUAUCAUGUGAUGAUGAUUUUAUUUCUCCAGUAAUCAAUCGAUUGAAUAAUAAAACUUAUUGCUGUCAGUUACUUGAACCUUUUCGGAAUUUAAAUCAAUGGCAAAUACCUAUCUUACCGAAAAAAUCAAAGAGCAUUGAUUUAAUUUAUGAAAAACAAAUGGCGAAAAUUAAUUGUAAACAUUUAAGAACACGAUCAAAUUUAAAUAAUAGAAUAAAUAUUAGUGGAAAACGAGUAUUAAUUAAAUCGAAUUCUUUAUCUCUCUCUAUUCAAGGUCAAGAACAGCUGAAGAAAUCAUCUAUUUUAAACUAUAAUAAUAAUUAUCAUCAACACAGUAGAUCAUCGACAAGUAAUGAUAGUUUGUACACUUUAGAUAGCGAUACAUUAGACAAAAAUAGUCCUGAUCUGUAUCGAAGAUCAUCAGAUAACAUUCAAUUGUUAACGAACUUUUCGAAAUCUGAUGAAUUCAAUUUACAUUCUUCACAUCCAAAUAUAUACCAAAAAUAUAAUAAAUCCAUCGAAACUACAUGUUUACCUACGACUGUCUCAUCUGAUUUGUCAGAAAUUAAUGACAAAUUAAAUUCAAAUAUUAUACUUGCAGAAAAUCUUCUUGAUAUGCUUGAUUCUCUCAAUAAUCCUGCUAAGAAUUCAUUAACUAUAAACAGUGAUGUACUUCAUAUGUAUAUUCGACAAUUUCUCAUUCAAUUCGACGCAAGUAUUCGUCUUGCUCGAAACAAGAGAAGAAAGAAAAAAAAAGUAAUACAUUAA